AUGGCUGAGGCCGCAGCAGGGAAGUAUCCUGUCAUCACAGGCAACAUCUCCAGAAGUGUGGGGCCUAGAGACCGCAUCACACGGACUCUUUGGGCCACAGAGAAAUCACUGCCCAAUGCCAGCCAUCCUCCUAAAAUCAAGGUGAAGAGCUCGCCUCUGAUUGAGAAGCUUCAGGCCAAUUUAGCUUUCGAUCCAGCGGCCCUGCUACCUGGGGCCUCGCCCAAGAGUCCUGGACUUAAGACCGCGGUGUCACCAUUCCAGAGCCCACCUUCCACCCCCAGCAGCCCUGGCGUGCGGUCUCAGGAGACAGAGGAGGUGCCAGUUAGCUUUGACCAGCCUCCUGAAGGGAGCCAUCUGCCCUGUUACAAUAAGGUGCGGACGAAGGGCUCGAUAAAAAGGCGCCCUCCCUCCAGACGAUUCCGAAGGUCUCAGUCGGACUGUGGGGACCUGGGAGAUUUCAGGGCCCCCGAGUCAUCCCAGGAGAAUGGUGCCAAGGAAGAGAAUGGGGAUGAGGUGUUCCCAUCCAAGAGCAAGGCCCUGGGUUCCCCUCCACCCAGCGAGGGGCCGGUGGGGGAGGAAGUGGGGAGGCAGCUGGGGUCUCAGGAGAAGCCUCCUCUGAGGAGGACGUCCAGCAGGACGGAGAAGCAGGAGGAGAAGGGCAGGGCCAUGGAUGAAGCCCAGCAUCCCCACAAGGCUGUGGGGGGCUCUGAAGAGGAGGCCAGCCCACAUCCAGCCACAGGGGAGGCCGUCCAACCAGCCCAAGCCUCCAACCCAGAGGCGGCAAACGGAAGUAGGAGCCCCAGAGAAGAAAAAGCAGCCGGAAAAGAGACAGAAAAAUCUGAGGAGGUGAAGGUGGAGAGGGCAGGAAAUGAAGAGGAGGAGCCCAGACAGAGGAGCCAAGACACCAAGGGGCCGGUGGACGGAGCAGUGGGGGAGGCCUCACCAAGCCCCCCUGAAGGGGUGGAGGGCCCCCGCAUCCCGGAGCAGGGGAAAGACGAGGAAAAGGAUGAGGAAGGGGCCAUUCUGGAGCCCGGCUGCAAUCCCCACCAUGAGGCCCCCAAGCCCGAGGAUAACACCCCUGUCCAGGACACUAACAUGUGAAGAAGAGUUCACUCUGCCUAGUGAUGAGGCUGCUGGAGACAUCUCUUUCGAAGGAGCAGCAACAAGAGAAAGAGAGAAUGAAGCCAUCGCUGGAGCAGAAUUUGGGCGUGGGGGGGGGGGGGUCUGGAGGCAGCCAGAAGAUGUAGAUUGCGUUGUUUCCCGUCUCCACACCGAAUGUUCCCUCGCAGACAAAGAUCAGUCCGAGGGCAGCAGGCUUUAAUCAGCUUGAGUUUGUGUCACUUGAUGGACUUGGUUUAAAAAAGAAGGAAAAAAAAAACUUAUUUAAAACAAUUUACUGCGGCAACAGCUCCCAGGGAUACUGGUCAACCUGUGGGCCUGGAUCCUAUCCACACCCACCUGUCCCUGCGGCUGACCUCGGAACUGGAUUCUAAUUUAGCUUCUCAGAUUUUGUUUUGUGUAAAGCGAUAGCCUUUUUAAUGUUCUGAAGCUUUUAUGAUUCUCAGAUGGAAGUAAAAACUAAUUUCAGGUGGCAGGAAACAAAAGAAAAUCGCGUUGCUGAAAAUAUAAAUCCCGUAAGUUACAGAAGACCUUAAAUUGUAUCAAGACCCUUGAGACAACCUCUCAGCUUCGUCCAAAUUGGAACUGGCCAACCAAUUUUUAAAACCUUGGCCUGGAAAAGAUACUUACUGCAACAUUAAAAAAUAGGUAUCUGUUCCAGCAAUAGGAACCUUUCCUGUCCAGGAGUUUUCCAGUGGAUGGUACACUCGGAGGUGACAGGCUCAGUCCAGUGGAGGCAGGGAGCAGCUCUCCUGGAGAAGCAGAUGCCAGGGGUCAUGGCUGUGCACGCUGCCUUUCCUCAUCCUGAAAGCAGAGCAAGGAUACCUAAAUAAUGCCUACCCUCUGAGGUAGGCUGGGAGAAUGAAAUUUGCACUUUCUGAAGGAGAUCCUUGAGCAGGGAGUCCAUGUUUCCAUGUUGCCUGGGAGGUGCUUGAGUGUCUGUUUUGAAAGGUACAUAACAAAAACAUCCUUCCUAGCUUCCCUGGGAAGCUGCUCUUGAAUCAAAGCCCAGACUCCCUUUCCGGACUCAGGAGGAGUGGGCUGGGUCUUCAGUCUGUUCUCACUUGGGAGCUCUGGCUUUAAUGUUCUGUGUGGAAAAUGCAAGGGGCUUUGCAAGGAACAGGGCCCUGACUACCCAUUCCUUGACUAAUUUCCUCUCCCCUCUUGAUGCAAAGAUGUUAAUCCAAAUAAAUCUUUAAUCUUUAGGGUUGGUUCUUAUCCAGAGUUGCAUAUUUCAGUGUCUCAUGUGCUGAUGUGGCAGGUGGAGCGGCUGUUUGUCUGGAGGUCUGUUAGACCACUUCCAACCCCGACGUCGGAAAGUCAUCUCCCGGACAAAAAGGCCUUAUGUCACUGCUGGUACCUCAGCGUUCUCAUCCCAUUACAGUUUUCCUAGAACUCCGUGAGAGUGUUCAUACUUGGGAUAUGUAUUUUUUCAAAACUUUUUAAAUACAUGCAUCUUCAAAAACUUGUAACUUAGUCGAGCCCAAUAUUUUAAGUUUUAUGUUUUAGCGGAAUUUUGGAGAUAAGUGUGUUUCAGUUAUUUUGAGGUCAGUAUAAUCCAUCUCUAUCCAUCCCUCCCCCCAUCCACCCAUCCAUCCAUCUACAUCUGUCCUUCAUCUGUCCAUCCACCCAUCUAUCCACAGAGAUGUGUACCCCCGAAAUAAUACAUGAUUUUACUUA